AUGGGAUUCUUCAAGCAACUACUGACGUUCGCCCUCUUGGGCGCGUCCCUUCAGGGGCUAGCUCUCGGCGCCGACUUCCCUCAGGAGGACAUCGACUCAGGUAAAGCUCUGAAGGAAAUAAGCAAGCAGGCCUAUGACACCGCUCUAGCUCGUCUCGAUGGAACCGGAAAGUGUACGAAGGAUAAUGUGAGAGUGCGAAAGGAAUGGAGAUAUAUUCCCGAAGAGGAGCGCAAAGACUACGUUAGGGCUGUGAAUUGCCUGAUGACAUCGCCAAAUGUAUAUCCGAACAUGACAGGCCCAAGAACGAUGUUUGAUAGCUUCGGCGUCCUGCAUUAUAAGCUGACGCCAUACGUCCACAAUUCGGCAUACUUCCUCCUCUUCCACAGACUCUACGUCUGGACCUUCGAGGACAAGCUUCGGACAAUGUGCGGCUACACCGGCACAUUCCCCUACUGGGAGUGGGGCCUAGACGCCGUAACCGGCGUCGAAAACUCACCCCUCUUCGACGGAUCCGAGACAUCGCUCGGGUCGAAUGGGGAAAAGACGAACUCGUCCAACACCUUCUUCCCGGGCGGCUCGGGCGGCGGCUGCGUGACCGACGGCCCCUUCGUCAACUACACCGUCAACUUCGGGCCCAACACCGCCGCCGACCCGCUCGCCUACAACCCGCGCUGCCUCAAGCGCGACCUCAACACCCAGAUCUGCGCCCAGUGGGCCUCGCUCAAGAACACCACCGAGACCAUUCUGGAAGCGCCCGACAUCGCCCUCUUCCAAGCCAACGUCCAGGGCGACUUCCGCUGGCCUGAGGCCCGGAAGUGGGGGUUUGCUGUUCACGGCGGUGGGCACUUUUCCAUCGCCGGUGACCCCGGCGGGGACUUCUACUUCUCGCCUCUGGAGCCCGCCUUCUACCUGCACCACGGGCAAAUCGACCGCAUGUACUUCAUCUGGCAGAACCUCGACUGGGAGCAGCGACAGACCAUGGCCGGAACAAUCACCAUGAUGAACAGACCCGAGAGCCGCAACGGGACGCUAGAAGACAUCCUCGACAUCACCCCUGUUGGUGAAACGUACACGUACCGCGAACUGCUCGACACCGUGGGGGCUUCGCCUUUCUGUUUCGUGUACGAAUGAACGUGUGAUAGGAGCUUGGAGCCGACCCUUGAGAUUCGGAGGUUAGUUAGUAGUAUGGAUGGCGUCGGUGAGAAGCGGCGGUCUGAUUUAGUUAGUGAGCUGCCGUAGUGGGAUACGAAUAGUUACCUCUCCGAGUAUAUGUUUGGAUCUAAUAGAGCGCAAAUAGGCGGUGCGGCUGGGGAUCGCCUCCCUAGGUUCACAAUCGCACUUGCUAAAUAGUAGUAGGGA